UGAUCCCUCCCAGAGUUCGCGUAGCACUCCAGGCGCUCGCAUCGCACAGCUUCUCGUCUGCUUUUGCUGCUCCAAACUGCUUUACCAAGCUCCGGAAGAUCAGGUAGCCUACUUUGCUCUCGUCUAACGGUUAUGGACAGCGCCAAAGACAUGCUGAUGCGCGCCGAGGGUAGUCAGGUUGGCACACUGUCUGCCAAAAAUGGCUCUAAUUUGACUGAGGCUACUGGAGACCCCAUGCGCAAGCUACCGGACAAACCGAUUAACCAGAACAGACUAAGCCCCGUGCCUUAUUCUCAAAUCCUAGUGGAGGAUGCGACAAUAGGACAACGUAGCGCAAAGUACGGAGAUGUGACACUUGCUAGCAAGCCAUCUGCGCCGGAGAGAACCCUGUCAGACAUCCCUAACAAAGAUGCCAGCAGCUCAGAUGCGGAAUCAGACCUAUAUGAGGAAAUAGAUGUCAGUUGUACCCCAGAGAGCAUGGAUUACCCGAACGGACAAGGACUGGCAAUGGGCUCGCCGACCCACGGUAAAGAAAUCGGUGUGGACAACAAGAUGAGCUCAGGCCACGGUGCUCUCAACUAUGGUUCUGACCAGAUGCGAAGGUACAGAACAGCAUUCACAAGGGAGCAGAUAGCACGACUGGAGAAAGAGUUUUACCGGGAGAAUUACGUCUCUAGACCACGUAGGUGCGAGUUGGCAGCUGCCUUAAAUUUACCGGAAACAACAAUAAAGGUUUGGUUUCAGAACCGUCGCAUGAAGGACAAGAGACAGAGGCUGGCAAUGACUUGGCCUCAUCCUGCCGACCCCGCCUUUUACACCUAUAUGAUGAGCCAUGCUGCAGCUACGGGAAGCCUGCCGUAUCCGUUUCAGUCUCACCUUCCUCUACCUUACUAUUCUCCACUCAGCGGUGUGACUGCAGGUUCAGCCUCUGCCACAGGAGGUCCAUUCUCCAAUCCUCUGCGCUCGCUGGACAGUUUUCGGGUGCUUUCGCAUCCAUACCCGCGUCCUGAGCUGCUGUGCGCCUUCAGACACCCAUCCCUGUACCCCAGCCCGGGUCAUGGGCUUGGUCCCGGGGGAAGUCCAUGCUCCUGCCUUGCCUGUCACGCUGCCAGUCAGUCAAAUGGGCUCUCACAUAGAUCCAACAACGCAGACUUCUCGUGUUCGCCCACGACCAGGACUGAGGCCUUCCUCACGUUCUCGCCAGCAGUCAUCAGCAAAUCAUCUUCAGCGUCUUUGGACCAGAGGGAGGAAGUGCCACUAACCAGAUAGGACGGCAGCAAGAAGCCACUUUUCUUUUGGUAACAUCCGGAUCUGCUUUGGGAACUUUGGCAAUAUUUAAUAAGUCAUGACAUGAACUACUCAAAGCAGCUUGCGCAUCUCGAAAGCAAGCUGCUUUAGUGAAGGUUUCGAAACUAUGGAUGUUUUCCAGUUAAGAAGCUAUAUGUUGUGCAGACGGAGUCUAUUUAUACACUGUCAGGCCACGGACUUUUAAAUAAUCAUUGGAGAAAUUAGAUACUGAUAACAGAGAUAGGCUAUCAUAUCAACGCAAAUACAUUUUAAGUAGGCUACACCCUAUCAAGAAAAUGUGACAUAGGAGACAAGGAUGACUGGAUAGCGCAAAAAUCUAUCAUAAUUUAUACUCUUUCAUAGCCAUACAAAUUGACCCACAUGCAGCUUCUUCCACAUUAAAACGAUGUUUUUCAUCUA